GACAAUGCGCUGCUUGAUUGUAAUAUUGUGUCUGCUGCAAUUCCGAGUUCAGGCCUUCGACUGGCUCGACCGGACAAUUCGUGUGGAUUUGAUUGUUGACCGUACCCGCAGAGAUUUCGAUCCGCGUUACGAUUCAAUUAAACAACAAUCGGAAACGAUGUUGAUCAGUGCAACAAAUGCCACAAAUGGACAGUAUCCGUGGAGUAUUUUCACCACAGCCUGGAUAGAUACAGAAGUCGGACUGAGAGAAGCCAUCCUGUGUUCAGGCACAAUCAUAAGCGAAAAUUUUGCUCUGAGUGAUAUCUCGUGUACCGGUCAAGACCAAAAUCCCCCAGCCAGUUCGAUUGAAUUGUAUGUUGGCCUCGCUCAAUGGCCUUUAACCACACCAACAAACUUCGUGCGACAUUUUUGGUACAUCGAACCGUCACCUGAGAAUAGUCCAAGCAUUGUGCUAUACAGACUGCACGAGUCGUUGAUAUUCAAUCCGAAUGUUCAUCCCAUUCGGUUACCAUUUUAUCAAAAUUUCUACUACGAAGGCUGGUCAUCUUUAGUGUUAGGAUAUGGUUCAUUGUCAUCUGAAACUUACGCAGCCCAGUUGCAAUCAGUGCACACCAGCAUUACGAACAACAGCUUAUGCAAUGUCGCAAUUGAUGAACACGAAAUUUGUGGCAUCGAAAGUAGAGAACCAAAUGAAACUGAUGCGGGAUUCAGCGGGGGAGCUUGGAUCGUCUACGAAUACACUGAUGCUGGAUUAGAAUUCAUUCCGGUUUUGAUUGGAAUCCAUCAAUCUUCGAAUAAUACGACAUCUUUCGGACGUGCUACCAGAGUUUCUCAUUUCUCAGAAUGGAUUGAAACGCUUACCACAGAGGCAUAGAAAGUAUUCAGAGAGUUGUAUGGACCUAGAGGUUGCUUAUGUAAUCAGAGAAGCAAUAAAAUGAACUCA